AUGGGGGAGUCUAUCCCUCUGGCCGCCCCGGUCCCGGUGGAACAGGCGGUCCUGGAGACGUUCUUCUCUCACCUGGGCAUCUUCUCUUACGACAAAGCCAAGGACAAUGUGGAGAAGGAACGCGAGGCCAACAAGAGCGCGGGGGGCAGCUGGCUGUCGCUGCUGGCGGCCUUGGCCCACCUGGCCGCGGCCGAGAAGGUCUAUCACAGCCUCACCUACCUGGGGCAGAAACUAGGGGGCCAGUCUUUCUUCAGCAGGAAGGAUUCCAUCCGAACCAUCUACACUUCUUUGCAUAAUGAGCUGAAGAAGGUGGUGAGUGGCCGUGGUGCCCAGGGUGGGGCCACGCCUCACGUGGAAGAACUCCUUUCCCACCUGUCCGAGCAGCUUUGCUUCUUCGUUCAGGCUCGGAUGGAGAUCGCAGACUUCUACGAGAAGAUGUACACCCUCAGCACACAGAAGUUCAUCAAUGCUGAAGAGCUUGUUGGCCUUUUGGACACCAUCCUGAGGAAAUACAGCUCCAGAUUCCACCACCCCAUUCUCAGCCCCUUGGAGAGCAGUUUCCAACUGGAGGUUGAUGUCAUGAGUCAUCUCCUGAAGGCCCAGGCUCAGGUCUCCGAGUGGAAGUUCCUCCCGUCUCUGGUUAACUUGCACAGCGCCCACUCCAAGCUGCAGACCUGGGGUCAGAUCUUUGAGAAGCAACGGGAGACCAAGAAACAUCUGUUUGGAGGGCAGUCUCAGAAGGCUGUUCAGCCCCCACACCUUUUCCUCUGGCUGAUGAAACUCAAAACCAUGCUCCUUGCCAAGUUUAGCUUUUACUUUCAUGAGGCCCUGAGCCGACAAACAACUGCUUCAGAAAUGAAAGUGUUGACUGCGAAAGCGAACCCAGACCUUUUUGGAAAGAUUUCCAGCUUCAUCAGGAAAUACGACGCUGCCAACGUGUCCUUAAUUUUUGACACCCGAGGUUCCGAGAGUUUUCAGGGCCACGGCUAUCACCACCCCCAUUCCUACCGAGAGGCCCCAAAGGGUGUGGACCAGUACCCAGCCGUGGUGUCCCUGCCCAGUGACAGACCGGUCAUGCACUGGCCCAAUGUCAUCAUGAUCAUGACGGACCGCACCUCGGACCUGAACAGCUUGGAGAAAGUGGUCCACUUCUACGACGACAAAGUCCAGAGCACGUACUUCCUCACCCGCCCAGAGCCUCACUUUACCAUUGUCGUCAUUUUUGAGUCAAAGAAAUCCGAGAGGGACUCCCACUUUAUUUCAUUCCUCAAUGAGCUGUCACUUGCCCUUAAGAACCCCAAAGUUUUCGCAAGUCUGAAACCUGGGUCCAAAGGUUAGCAGGCUAUUUGUAGGAAAGCUUGAAAAGACUGGCCAUUGUGUUCUUCCUUGCUCUGCUCAUCCCCAGGGGCCAUGAUUCAAGUUCAUACCCACUCAAGCUUCUUUCUGGGCUGAAUUAAAGACAGCCUCUCCCUAACUCUUGCACACUUUAUAAGCAAUCUAGGCCAAUUGAAGAAAGAUUCCAAAGAGUCAUCCAGGAUUGUGACUGUGUAUUUCCAUGGGGUAGCAGGAGGACUUUUGUAUUGUCCCGUGUGUCCUCAAAGUCAGAUGGAAUAUUUAUUGUCCCCUGAUCUUUGUUUCCAGAUGUUGUCUCGUCCUCAAUAUUGUGUCCUAUGAUGAUUCCAGCCACUUAGCCCAUUCCCCAUCUUCGUAGAAG